AAUAGCUAGAACAAGAUUUUCUCUCCUGUUUCAGUCAAUUACUUAUCAUCCUAAAUGUCGGUUUCUGCAACAAAGAAAUUGGCAGUUGUUACAGGAGCCAACAAAGGGAUUGGUUUGGAGAUAUGCCGACAGUUAGCCUCUAAUGGCGUAGCAGUGAUCUUGACAGCCAAAGAUGAGAAAAAGGGUGUUGAAGUUGUUGAGACGCUCAAAGCGUCUGGACUGUCUGAUCUGGUUUUUCAUCAGCUUGAUGUGAUAGACCCUGCUAGUAUUGAUUCCCUGGCUGAUUUCAUCAAAACCCAGUUUAGAAAACUUGAUAUCUUGGUUAACAAUGCAGCAAUUUCCGGAAUCAUGCUAGAUGAUGAUGCUCAGAAGGCACUGAUGACAGUUGCUCCCGAGGCAAAGCCUGCAAAAUUCUGGGAAUUAGCGAGGCAAACCUGAGUCUGUAGUGGAAUGUCUGCAAGCAAACUACUAUGGAGCCAAAAGAGUGACUGAAGCACUUCUUCCCUUCCUUAAGCUAUCUGAUUCACCUCGAAUUGUUAAUGUUUCCUCUGGCUUGUCUAGGCUAAAGUUAUAGAGUCUAAUAGAUUACAAAUACCAGAACAUAUCUGAUACUUGGGCGAAAGCAGUGCUAAGUGAUGUAGAUGGUCUCACAGAAAAGAGGGUGGAUGAGGUUCUGAAGAAGUUUCAGAAGGAUUUGAAGGAGGGUUUAUUGGAAACUCAAGGCUUAACUGCCUAUAUAAUGUCCAAAGCAGCCUUGGAUGCCUACACAAGAUUUCUAGCAAAUAAGUUACCAAAAUUCCGCAUAAAUUGUGUAACCCCUGGAUUUGUCAAAACUGACAUUAACUACAACAUUGGGCACUUAACUGUUGAAGAAGGUGCAGAAGGUCCUGUAAAGUUGGCUUUGUUGCCUGAUGAUGGCCCUUCUGGCCUAUUCUUUAUCCAAAAGGAAGUAUCAACCUUUUGAUUGAAUUUUAGUUAAAUGUAAUGUUCUUGAGAGAGAAUAAAUUUGGAACUGCCAUUAUGUUUCUA